CAAGCAUUCUUGAAUAGGGGUUGAAGAAAGCUCUAAAUUUUGAGAUUUUUUACAGUCUUAAAGAACAUCACAUUUAGGGUCAAAGAAGCAACUACUCCGGCCAUUUCAUACUGACUCCCGCUCAGUGUCCCAGUACCUUCUUCCUUUCUUCUUCUUCUUUCCCUUUCCUCCACUCCUAAAACCACCCAACUGAUACAAAACCUUGUCUAUCAACAUUUAUUUUGUCGUAUUUAUCUUUUUCCCACACGUCCAUAAAUAAAUAAACACAACCGUGGGAAAAAACAGUACUGAUGAGUAUUUUAAUUUUAGUACAAAUGAUUUAAUAUAGAUUUUUUUCUGUCGCUUGUUUUCCGCUGUUCAUGUUGGGGGUACAAAUGGCAGGCUUAGAUUUAAGCAAUGCUUCUUAUGUUCAUCUUCACCCAGACUUCAACCUCCAAGAAAACGAAGAUAAUGAAGAAGACAACCACUCGAACCGGACCAGCUCGGGGGACUUAUCAGCUCGCCGGCCCAGAGGCAGACCGCCCGGUUCCAAGAACAAGCCCAAGCCGCCGGUUAUCAUAACCCGGGAGAGCGCCAACACUCUCCGGGCCCACAUCUUGGAGAUUGGUAACGGCGCCGACGUGUUCGACAGCAUCGCCACGUACGCCCGCCGCCGGCAGCGCGGGAUCUGCGUGCUCAGCGGCAGCGGCACGGUCACGAACAUCAGCCUCCGGCAGCCUGCUUCAGGUGCCGGUACUGGAGCCACCGCCGUGAUGAACUUGCAUGGGAGGUUUGAGAUACUUUCCCUCUCUGGGUCGUUCCUUCCCCCGCCGGCUCCGCCGGGUGCGACUAGCCUGACGAUAUACUUGGCCGGGGGACAAGGGCAGGUGGUCGGCGGCAGCGUGGUGGGUGAGCUGACGGCGGCAGGGCCGGUCAUCGUGAUAGCUGCUUCUUUCACGAACGUUGCUUAUGAGAGGCUGCCCUUGGAGGAGGAGGCGGAGGACCCGUCGGGGUCGGUGCAACUGCCGCAAGUUUCCUCUCAAAACUCCGGCGGGGCAAGCGCCGGAGACGGAAGCAGCGGCAUCGGCGCCCGGAGUAACCAUUUUCCGGCAGACCCUUUGUCUUCGGGGCUUCCAUUCUUUAAUGUCCCACUCAAUAUGACACCUUUUGGGAUCUAGAAACUUUUGAUCAUCUUCUUGAAUCGGAAAUGUGUAGGGAAGAAUGGAUGGAGCUUCAAUUCUUGAUCAUGGUUCAUAAAGGUCAGAAAUUUUCUUGAAGGUUUAUCAUGCAAUGUACUAAUCACAAUGGCUCUUAGCAUCUUUAAUUUGGUCUAGAUCUCUUUCAGUACAUGUUGAUCUUUUUUAGUUGACAACUUUGAUGUUUUUAGUCAAUAUUUUUAAAUUUUGACUAAUAAAUUCAAUGAAUUUAUUCUCAAGAAAAAUAUAAUUUUCAAUCCUAGCUACAAGAACAUUAUUUAAAAUUACUUUAACAUAGAUUGAUGAAUAUUCGUAACAUAGUGAUUUGAUGGUAUCAUUUAGAGCCCGUUUGGAGACCUCUUUUUUCGGCUUAUCAGGCUUAUCAGCCAACUUUUUCACCAAACACGUAACUUUUACUUUCGUGUGCUAAAUUGUGUAAUGAGCAGAAAAAGUAAGGUUGUAGUUACUUUUCUGGCUGUAUUGGCUGAAGUUACUGCAGAGGACCAUUUUAGCUAUUUUACAUGUAAUUUUUUCUUUAAUUUAUUAAUAAAAUAUAUUUUUAAAAUAUUUUUUUCUUGAAUCACCAGAAUCAGCCAAAACAACCACUUCAACCAGAACUUCAUAAAUUUCAGUAGAAUCAGCCAAAACAGCCGAUUUUCGUGCUACCAAACGGGCUCUUAGAGUUACACGUUCAAAUUCUAAAAAUACAAAACUGAUGGAAAAUUGAGAUCGUAAAGAGAUUAUAUAUUUUGACCACAUGAUGACAAUGGGCAAAUUCGAGCGGGAGGAUUUAUUAUACUCGGGGAAAAAAACUAUUAAUCAAAAUUUAACAAAUUUGACGAAAAAGUCAGAGUUGUCAAACUUUAAUUACCAAACUUCCCAUUUUGUAAUAUAGUCCAUUUUCAAGUAAAUUUCUCAUAUAAGUCCUUUAUAUAUCUCUGUGUACAAGUGGUUUGAGAUUUAAUGACCGUGUGGUUGUUUAUUUUGUCC